CACGUGAGCACUGAUAGCGGGAGGCCACUUCUCUUAAGUAGCCAAACGUCUCUCAGACCAGCAAUGCCCGAGCUCCAUCUGGCAGUUUCACCCAGUUCAGCAGCAGCAUCUUGGGUUUGUCGAAAGCUCAGACAUGAAGUACUCGAGUGUCGUCAUCGUAGCGUCGGCAGUGUUGACGGUCUGUGCAGUGUCUCCGCCACAGCUUUUGGGAGGACCAGCGCAUGCCGCAUCUCCGAUCAACGUCACUCUUUUCUACGAAGGCCUCUGUCCCGGCUGCCACCGCUUCGUCCUGCAGCAGCUUUGGCCCACUUACGGCAAGCUGGAAGACUACAUCGCCCUGGACCUGAUUCCUUUCGGCAACGCCCACAUGAAGGUUGACAACGGCACGGUUACUUUCACUUGCCAGCACGGUUUCAGAGAAUGCUAUGUGAACGCAGUGCAGACUUGUGCCGUAGAGUACGUGUACCCGACCAGAAAGCUGCUGGAUUUCAUCGCCUGCAUGUUCCUUCGAGACGAUCCCGCGCAGGCAGGUGAGCCUUGCGCGCAGAAAGUGGACACGGACUGGCCCGUCCUGGACACUUGCAGCCGAGGACCGGAGGGCACUGAGCUACUGUACGAGAUGGGCAAUCGAACGCGCGGGCACCAGCCGACCAUCGACUAUGUUCCCUGGGUUGAGAUCAAUGGCGUGCACAACGAAACGAUUGCCAAAAGAGCAAGUGAGGAUCUGUUCGGCUUGCUGUGCGAGCUUCUAGAGCCCCAGAAACCACACGUGUGCCAGAAUGCUGGAAGCGUGAACGAGUACUGUUUCUCCUAAAGCUUCUUUUGUAAACAAACCGCUAUAAACCUUGCUUCCUUGUUUCACA